GAGAAAAGCCACUGACUUGACCGCUGACCACUGGCUGAUCACUGACUGCCAUCUGCUGCACUAGCACCUCACACAGGACACUACAUAUACCGAUCUCUGCCACCAGUUCACUCGUCUAAUCACAGGAAUCUCUUUCGAUCACAUCGCACGACUUUUUACACUGCAGAGAUCGCGAUUACCAUUUUAGGAGGAAAAAAAAAAGGAAAACCCAUCACAGGAAUCCCGCACAUCCCGAACCUUCACUUCUUAUUUUUUUUACACCGGACCCUUUUACCCCUCACCAGUACCAAUGGCUCCGACCCGUCACUGGGUUACCCCCCUGCUCCUCUUGUGUUGCUCCGGGAUCUGUGGCGCCAUCCAGUGGCUUGGGCUCACCGUAAAUGGCAGCCGGGUGGCCUGGAAUGAGAGCGAACACUGUCGCUUGCUGGACGGUCUAGUCCCUGACCAGUCGCAACUCUGCAAGAGGAAUCUUGAACUGAUGCAAAGUGUCGUUAAUGCUGCCAAACAGACCAAGCUAACCUGCCAAAUGACCUUAUCUGACAUGCGCUGGAACUGCUCUUCAGUAGAGAAUGCACCAAGCUUCACCCCUGACUUGAGCAAAGGUACCAGGGAGUCUGCCUUUGUCUAUGCUCUGGCCUCUGCCACUCUCAGCCAUACCAUUGCGCGUGCCUGUGCCUCGGGGGAGCUGCCCACAUGCUCUUGUGGUGCCACCCCAGCUGAGGUGCCCGGAACAGGCUUCCGAUGGGGAGGGUGUGGGGACAACCUACAUUACGGCCUUAACAUGGGCUCUGCUUUUGUUGACGCUCCAAUGAAGUCAAGCAAGUCUGCUGGGACCCAGGCCACUAAAAUUAUGAAUCUACACAACAAUGCAGUUGGCAGACAGGUACUGAUGGACUCUUUGGAGACAAAAUGCAAGUGCCACGGAGUGUCUGGAUCUUGCUCCGUGAAGACCUGUUGGAAGGGCCUGCAGGAUCUUCCCCAUAUUGCUAAUGAGCUUAAAUCCAAAUACCUUGGUGCCACUAAAGUCAUCCACAGACAGACCGGCACUCGGAGGCAGCUUGUUCCCAGGGAGCUAGACAUCAGGCCAGUGAGAGAGUCUGAGCUGGUGUACCUGGUUAGUUCCCCUGACUACUGCACAAAGAAUCCCAAGUUGGGUUCAUAUGGGACACAGGACAGGCUGUGCAACAAGACCUCCGUUGGUAGUGACAGCUGCAACCUCAUGUGCUGUGGGCGGGGAUACAACGCCUACACCGAAACCAUCGUGGAACGCUGUCAAUGCAAGUACCACUGGUGCUGCUAUGUCAUGUGCAAGAAAUGUGAGCGGACAGUGGAGAGGUAUGUCUGCAAGUAAAGCCAUAAUGGACUUCACACUGUACACUACUAAAGCACUGACAGCCCUCUGUGGUUCAGCAAACAGACCUUCCCUGGCAAAGGGAGAAGCAGAGCUGGAACGUUUUAACUUUUCUUCUGGAUUAAAGCUAGGGGAAGCCAAAUGCAACUGGUCUGAUCUGCUUGCCCGUCAAUGUAUGGGCCCCAAGUGGCUCAAAGAAACUCUAAGGACCAAACACAAAAUAUGCAUAGGUUCCCCCCUUUGACGUGAAACAGCCAAGCCAUCCUGAAGUCCUAAAGCCAGUAACAACAACGGAUUUAUUGCCUGCCAGGUCAAGGAACCCAAGUGAUACCUCUGGUGUCUGUAAAUAGACUGGGUGACAACUGGCAGCACCAGACUGAGCCUAUUUAUUAAUUCCCAUAUUGCAUUUGCAAUAUGCUGGCAAAUGCUGGAUCCUUAAUUCUGUUUCAGGGGCCAGUUUUUGGGGGUUUAAUUCUGUUUUUUUUUUCAAUAUGAACUUUUAAUAUGCCUAAAUUGGACUAUAAAGAUGAGGCUCAACUCUUACUUGAAAUCUGAAUCUGGGACUCAUUCAUAUUUCAGUUACUACUUGUUUUAAAAGUCCCCCACUGUAUAUGUGGGUAUGUAUGUAUAUGUGUAUAACUGGAUAUUUGAAGUUCAGAGUAUUCUGGACGUUUUUAUCUGUAAAAAACAAAAAAAAAAAUCUUUUUAGACAAUGAGACACGAAGUCUUACAACGUUGUGUUUUUUUUUUUAUAUUUGUAAAUGUUAUAUUUUUUUAUUAAAAUUGGUAUUUGCUGCA